ACCGCCAUAAAAUUGCAGAAGAAGAAGAAGAAGAAAGAGCUCGCUUGUGAUGUGUUUGUGUAUCCUCAGUUUUUUCUCUCUUGAGUGUUUUAUUGAGUGUAAACAGAGUCUUGUCUCUGUGUAUUUUAGUGUUGAUGAUGGAUGAGAUGUGCUGUAAAUCAGUAGGAACUGAUCUGUCCAUGCUGGAUAUUGAUGAUUUCAUCACAGAAAUCUCUCAGCUGAAGAAAGAGGUGGCGUUACUGGAGACAAAGCUGAGGUUAAGAGGAGAUGAAGGACUGAAGAGAGAGGACUCCGAGCUCAGUCUGACUUUACUCUGUUAUACUGAGUCAAAGCACACAGACGCUCAGGACACUACAGUGUGUGACAGUAAUCAGGACUUACAGGAUGAUGAAUCUACUGAUCAAACCUCCACAGAGUCUCUGGAUUCUGUCUGUAACGCUGGAGAACAGCAGCAGAUCCUGCAGACCAAACUCAAGAUGUGUUCAGUUAAACUCAUCGACUUCAGGAACAUCAUGAUGAAGAUCAAAACUGAACCUACAAAAGUAAAAACUGAACCCACAUCUGAUGAAUAUGAAGACAAUCAUGGUGAUGAUGAGGAGGAGGAGGAGAAUUAUGACAACGCUGAUGAUGAUUUUAUUCCUUCGGAUGAGAAAAGUGAUUCAUGUUCUGAGGGAGAAAUAACGUCCUCAACAUCAAAAGAGCGACGGACAGCACAAUCUUUUUCCUGCACCACCUGUGGAAAGACAUUGAGCUCACAGGGACAUUUAAAGAGACAUGAGAGAAAACACACAAAACAGAAACUCUAUACCUGCAGGAGAUGUAAGAUCAGCUUUACUACCUUACAAGAGAAGAAACUUCAUUCAGAAGAGCACAGAGAGAAGAAGUUACACUGUGACAAAAGUGAUGAAAAGUCUUUCCACUGCACUGAAUGUGACAAAUAUUUCAGUACCAAAGGAAAUCUUGAUGCUCAUAAGACAAUUCACACAGGAGAAAAACCAUACGAGUGUCCUCGCUGUGAGAUGAGAUUCAGACUCAAACCUCAUCUGAAGAAACACAUGCGUAUACACACCAAUGAGAGACCGUAUCAGUGCAGUGAAUGUGGAAAAACCUUUAGGCAGCUAUUUUCACUACAGUCACAUCAAAAAAUACACAGUGAGGAGAAACUCCAUCAAUGUUCACACUGUGAUAAACGUUUUCGUCAUAAAGGUCAGUUGAUCGUCCAUGAAAGAGUUCAUACUGGAGAGAAACCUUAUCUCUGUUCUCACUGUGGUAAGAGCUUUUCCAGUCCAACUUCUUUCAGUGUUCAUCAGAGAGUUCACACUGGAGAGAAACCCUAUCACUGUAAUCUUUGUAGGAAGAGUUUUAAUCGGCAGUUUAACUUUGUAAUGCACCAGAGAACUCAUACAGGAGAAAGACUUUACAAAUGCUCUCAGUGUGAGAAGACGUUUGCUCGACCAGAUGUCCUGAGAACCCAUGAGAGAGUUCACACUGGAGAGAAACCUUACGUCUGCUCGAUCUGUGGAGAGAAAUUUGCUUAUUUAGGAAGUUUUCAUACUCACAAGAAGAAACAUACUGAAGAACACACUACACUGAAAUCAUCAUAGUAUCUUUUAACUUUGAAAUAAUUCAGUUUAAACACACAGUUCUUAUAUUCUUGUAGUCUUUUUUGUAAAACCAAUUCUCUGUUUUAUAUGCAGAAAUAAAUCUAAUUAUUUAA